AUGGGGCAUGCUGUACACCAGUUCAAGGCUCUGUUUUGGAAAAAUUGGCUCUGACGUGUGAGGCAACCGGUCCUCUCUCUCACUGAAAUACUGUGGCCAUGUGUACUUUUCUUGAUUCUAGCUGCCAUCCGCUUCCAGGAGCCCCCAAAAUACAAGGAAAACUGUUAUUUAGAAGCUCGUGAUUUGAACUUGGUAAGUUGGGGUCUUUAUCCUUUCAUGCAGACCCUUUUCUGUAAUGUUGGUUCAAGAUGUCGGAAUACCAGUUACACAACACAGAGACACAGCUGCUUUAGCAAGAAACAAAUGGAUUUGAAUGAAGCAGAGAAAAUUAUUUCUAGAGCAGAAAAUCUGUACAAGCAACCAUAUUUCUGGAACCUUCUGCAUUCACUCCCUCAUCUUGAAAUUAACAGCUUUUAUACAGAAGAUGAGUUAGCUUCCACAACACGGUUUCUAAAAGUUAUUCAAAACAAGUCCUUUCAGGUUUUUGGAUGUAUAGAGAGCUUGAUUUUUGUUUUAUUUUCCACUUUCAAUAUCUUAACAUCACUGAAGGAUUUAUCUAUGAUGCCACUGGGCCAAAGCUUCUAUGAAGUAGUGAAAAGGACACUGAAUUUGACUGCUGCAUCAGUACAGGAUAGGAGCUUAAAAGGUUUUCAGUACAAUCUUUCUUUCGGGGAUGUUUUGUUGAAUCUGCUUGCUGUGAAAGCAAAACUUGAAUCUAGGUUUGGUUUUGAUGGCCCUCGUGUUGAGAAGCUGCUAAGUUAUACAGCCCAAUUAACAGCGAUUCCCACAGGAGAGACACUGGAGCAGUUUGUGUGCUCUGCUCUGGCUUUCGUCCCAGAAGAUGAAGCAAACAAAGAGCAUAAUGGAGAGGGCUGUAAUUCUGCACAGCAUGAAGCUAAACUGUAUCUUGUUUCUGAGGUCAGCAAGUUCAAACUCUAUGCACAGAAUUAUGAUCUGAUUUUAAAUAUUAAGAGCAAUAACACUCUGUUAAAACUUCUUUAUGAGACUUCAAAAAGUAUGUCAUCUUCUCAAGUAUGGCAUGAUUUGCAAAAUAAGGAAAUAGUUUUUGACUUUCUUUUUGAAACUUUCAGUCUUCUCUGGAACCUCACCAGUAAGUCCCUCUGUGAAAAGUUACUAUUAAUUUACAACUACACAGUGUUUCAGGCAGAGUUUCUUGUACAGAAUGGAAAAAAAGAUAUACAAGUUGUUUAUGACACUCUAAGCAGCCUUAAAACUUUAUUUAUAGAAGAGCUCCAAACAGCUGCCUUAUGUUAUUUGGAUGAGUUUUUUGAUCUGUCUCCAGAAUGCCUGGAAAAUAAUGUGUGUGCUGAUUUUUAUCUAGAAAAUAUGAGUUCUGUACAACAUUCAGCAGAGAUUUAUAACUUAUUUCUGCUUCCAUUGAACAGUGUCCUGUCUAAUGUAAUAAACUGGGGAGAUAAGGUAAGUGUGCCUUCUGCUUUGCACUGCACUUUUACAUGGCUUCAAACAUGGACAGAGAUUUUUGAAGAAGCAUCAGAAAUCUUAAAUUUGAAUUCAACCUGCUUUGCCUGCCUAAGAGAUGAUUUGACAUAUCUCUCUGAAAACAUUUUAAACAUAACUCGAGAUGAACUGUGCAAUAAUACAGCUAUGGCUAUUGUUGAAGCUACAGGAACAGCAAUGAAGCUAUUAAAAUCUCUAUUUCAGGAACAUGGCAAUUUAAAUGACUUGAAAGAUUUCGAGGCUUUCCUUGCUAAUCUUCAAAGGGUAAUUAACAAUGCAUUUGAUGUCACAAACUUGCUUAAAGAUAGGAGUUUAGAAUGUGUUUUAGAGACAAUGGGAGUUGCAAUAACUAAAAUGCAGAAAUCCAUACUGAAGAUUGUUAAUGAAGAGUUUUUGAAUUUAUGGCUCGAUGCUUUCAUUUCAGGAGGUUCUGAAGGAGAAGAUAAGGGUGUUGGUGUAUUGUCCAUUGGAAAUUCCCUUUCUACUGUUCUUAAGCUCUCCCAAAAGGAACUUGAAAUUAUGGUCACUGAGAUAAAUGAUAUGUCUGCUUUUUUAAAAAGUGUACUUCAGGACAAAUAUGUGGUUUGUAUCAGCAUUUUCCAGAAUAUUACCAAACUAAUUUUGGAUAAUACUCUGAAAGACGUAGGCUACUUGCAAACAAAUUUUUCAUCUCAUCUUAACUUCUUUCUAAACUUUCACAGUACAAUGGAUGAAGCAGAGGAUUCAAAAACUUUGAAAUUUAUUCUCCCUGAAUUUUAUGUGAAAGAUGUCAUUAAUGUGCUUGAACUUAUUUUUAGACUUUUAAAUAAUUCUGGAGAGCAAAUACAAACUAUUGUCAGUGAUUUGUUUGGGAGCUCAUUGUAUAUGUCAAUGGAACUUUUGUUAGAAAUUCAAAGUCUUCUGAAAAAUGAAAUUUUUGAAGUCCAAGAAAACAGCUCCUCUCAUUUGGACAAGGAGAUUGAACCUUUCUUGCAUGGGAAAAAUAUCAGUUUGCUGAUGGAGUUCUUUCAAUAUAUGAUUAGAAAACUUGACUCAAACUUGCAGAAUGAACACAAAACAUUUCCUCAGAAACUGAUAGAAACAGCAGGUCUGACUAUUGAACUGGUAAGGAAGGCACUUGAAAUUUUCAAGACUCCAACUUUUACUGUCUUUCCAUUAAGAGAUGAAAAGGAGUUUCUAAAGCAUAUGGUUGCCUUGGUGCAAAAUGUGAGAAAAAUGGAUGUUGAGUUUUUGAUAAGUAGAUUCAAACAGGUCCAGGAGAACCUAGAAAAUUUAUUUAAAAAUAUAAAACAUUUUUCUCUUGCGAACUCUGAGUUAGGUACUUUAAUAGACUGGUGGGAUGUACUUGAGAACGUAUCAUGUUACUGGAACCUGACUGCUGUACACCAAAUAACACAGCUUUUUGAACAAGAUGAGCUCUACAAUACUGAAGACGUGUUCAACAUCCUCUUUGAUGUCAUCAGCCUUACAGAAAGAUUGGCUCAUGGAAACGUUACAGAAGCACUAACUGAAAUAUAUGCUUUCAUAGUGACUCAGGAAGAAAAAAUGCCUCUGUUUACUGAUGAGGAGUUCUCAACCCAAGUAGAUAGUCUUCUAACAUUGCUGGAGACAUUGGCAGACAUCUCUGAUGAAUCUGGAGAGGCCUCCGUUUGUUUUCCUGCAGCAUUCUGCUGGACUCUGACAACAGCAACACCUCAGAAUGAUCCCACUGUUAAACCUUGUGACUUUGUGCACACCAAUUCUACUCUUCACUAUAAUGCAGUCAUUCAAAUCAUUAAGGAGCUUAAACUCAUCACUCUGGAUGACAGUUUUGCUUGCUUUAUGGAGGACAUUCAGAUGGAUAUCACUCACAAUCUGACUUGCUUUUUUCAUCAGAUCAAAGAAUGGAACUCUAUAAUUUUGAAGUUUUCUGAGCUCCAUCAUACAAAUAGCUCAGUUCUCAAAGAGCUGCUAGAUUUUUGGAAUAAGCUAUCCCUUUAUGCUGUGCCACUGCAGAUGAAUAAUACGCAUGCAAUCAAUUGUUCCUCCACACCUAAGAGCCGAAUGGCUUUACAAAUCAUUGAAACUCUGGACAGCAUUUUGGCAUCAGACGUGGAGAUGGCCAAAAGUCUUCUUGAACAGCUGGAUAAUCUUUAUGGUGGCCUAACUUGGAACAGAGAGUCAAGAACAUCAUUUGAGAGUGUUUUUACUAAUGUGAAGGAUAUGACCAGUGAAGUUUCUAGACUCCUGAAUACUGAAGCUGUCCUUUCUUUUCUUUCUGUAAUUCAGCCUUUAAUGACACUGUCCUCUAUUGGAAACCAGACACACUCAAUGCUUAUGACAAUAUCAGCUUUAAGUGGGAGUGUCAAUAUAGCUAACAACUUUGAGAAUUUAUGGUUUCCUGUAGUUGCAAGCAAAGAAAAUUUAUUGGUGAAUUUUAGUGUUAGACACUUACUUGUGGUGAUAGAUCAAGAGUUUCAAUUACUAAAGUUUGCCACUGGACAGUCCUCUUCAGUGGCUUCUGAAGUUUUACUAGAGCAGUUUAAGACAUCAUCUGUAGAUGCUAUAUCAAGAAAUUUUGAAGAUAUACAAGACAUUGUGAAGAGCAUUCUAUGUGACUGUAACAAUAAAAAUUAUUCUAAAAUAAUGCAUACUCUAAUUCUCCUUAUGACUAAUGAAAGUUCAUCAAAUGACCUACUGCUGGCUGUCAAAGAUGUUAUUGCCUUUCUGGAGCUAUUCCAAAAUAAGUCUAAGAAGGACUACACUGUUUUGCCAAACAGCCUCCUUCAUAUAAUUGCUGAUAUUGAUCUUGAAGAAGAAGCUAUGCGUACAAACAAUACUAAGCUUCAUAAAGUUGACUUCAUUGAUUCAUUUUUUUAUAAUGUACCAUAUAGAGACACUUCUACUCAGUCUCAAAGCAGAACUCUGGAGAUCAUACAAGAGAUUUUGCGAAUAAUAUUUCAGUCUACUGCAGAACGUGACAGGAAUAAAAUAAAACUCUUAUUAAUGAAUUUGCAUAAGGAUGUAAUGGCAAAACUAAGGUUUGAAAGUUACUGCUCACCGAAGGAAGAACCCAUUGUCUUUAGCAACAUUUUCUGUGCCAUUAAAAAGUGUAAAGAUGGAUUAAUGAGUCACUUGCUCCUUGCUGUCUUUGAAGGGAUUGCCGUGGUUCAAGAUCAUUUCCAGGAUGUUAGAAGAUACUUGCCUGCUUUCAACAAGGGGGAUUGUGAGAAUAUGGCACAUAUAAACCAAAAACUUUCCAAUGUUUUGGAGAGCCUCAUGGGAGCCUUGCAGAAUACCAGCACUAACAACUAUGUGAAAAUCAAAGAUUUUGUGCAGAAUAUCACUCAGUUAAGGCUGGACAUUGGUUCUUCUGUCAAUAUUUCUGAAGAAAUUGUCAAUACCCUCUUAGAAGUCAGUGUCUCUUACUCAGAGGUUCUUUACAGUGCCUUUGCAGUAGCUUUAACUGGAAGAUGUGAUGAAGAAGUACUUAGCCUGGUGCUAAAGCUGCCUGAAAACAAUAGAACUUCCCUGGUAGUGGAAGAAUUAUGUUCUUUACCAGCACUGGACUUUUAUACCAUGUUUGUAUUGAUUAUACAAAAUUUCAAUGUACGUCACAUCAUUUACAAGGUUCAGAUACCACCUGAGAUUGGCAAUAUCUUAAAUAUGCUACUGGAUGUGGUUUCUAGUAUCAGUUCACUUCUCAAUAAGGUCCACCAUGUCAUGGAAAAGCUUCCAGUGUUCCUUCAAGGAAUUCAAAAUAUUGGUGUGCUUGACAUCUCCGCAUUGCAGCAGUUUUUGCAGGGUGGGCAGUUCAGAAGUUCAGCUGUUGGAUCCCUAGAGUCUGUGAUUAAGGCAGUAUGUAAAGAAGAAUCUUCAUUUUUCAGCAAUGUAAACCUGUUCAUAGAUAUGCCCAGAAUCAUGGAACUUUUGGAGGACAAUAUGGCAAAAUAUGGCAUUCCUGAAGACUCAACUCCUUUUUGCUUGAAGCUUUAUCAGGAGAUUUUGCAGGCUCCUAAUGGGGCUUUGCUAUGGACUUUCCUGAAACCUCUAUUACAUGGGAAAAUACUGUACAAUUCAAAGAUCAGCAUGAUUGACCUGGUAAUGGAGAAGGCUAAUUUCACUUUUGUUUUUUUGGAAAACUUGAAGUCUUAUUCUGAGACAUGGCUUAGGAUGUCUGAGGUUUUUAAAACCAGUGGAAAUAUUCUCACAGUCUCACGACUGCAGGAAGUACUGAAAAACAAUUUUGUAAAGCAUUUCAUAGAAAGUAAUUUGGACAUCAACAUGGAAAAACUCCUUAAAAAAAUGCAAGCAUAUGGUACGUUGAUGAACAAGAUGCUUAACAGCUCAGCAAGUAAACAGAUUGACCUGUUGACACAGCUCGUUGUAAAUAUCUCUUCCUGUGUGCUGCUGGACCGUUUCCAGCCUUUUGACUCUGUAGAGAAAUUGAAGGAGAAGGCUCAUGAACUCAUGCAGGAAAAUAAUCUUUUGGCUAGUGUCAUCUUCAAUACACCAGAGGACAAGAAACAAGAUUCUAGCAAUCUCCUUCCAAGACGCAUUUCAUAUACAAUUAGAACCAGUUUUCUCUACAGCAUGAGAACAGAUUUGAUAAAAAACCCAGCAUGGAAAUCCCAUCCCCACAAAUUGCCAGCAGAUGGGUUUAAAUACAACCAUGUCUUCAUCCCUCUUCAAGACAUGAUUGAAGGGGCAAUUAUUUCAGCACAGACUGGGAUAAACACCUCAGAGACAGCAAUUCAGGUGCAAGCCAUGCCUUACCCUUGUCAUACCAGUGAUCUAUUCUUGAACAACAUAGUUUUUUUUCCACUUAUGAUGAUGUUAACAUGGGUGGUUUCAGUUGCUGCUAUGGUUCGCAAGCUGGUUUAUGAAAGAGAAAUUAAUCUUGAAGGGUAUAUGAAGACAAUGGGUGUGUAUCCAGUCAUUCAUUUCUUCGUGCUUUUGGAGAAUGUCAUUGUGCUCACAGUAAGCAGUUGUGCUCUGGCCCUCAUUUUAAAAGCAAGUGGUAUCUUUGUCUAUAGCAAUGGCUUCCUUAUCUUCCUUUUUCUCCUGGAAUUUGGAGUUGCAAUUAUCAUGUUAAGCUAUUUUUUGGGAGCAUUUUUCAGCAGUGCCAAUACAGCAGCUCUGUGUUCCAGCCUUGUCUAUAUGACCAGCUUUUUACCCUACAUAGUUUUGUUGGUCUUGCAGAACCAGCUGAGUUUCACCAACCAGAUUACAAUGUGUCUUCUUUCUACAACCGCCUUUGGGCAAGGAAUAUUUUUCAUUACGUAUUUUGAGGGCCAAGAAAUAGGAAUUCAGUGGGAUAAUGUGCACCAGUCAAUGGCACAAGGAGGAUACAUGACUUUUGGAUGGAUGUGCUGGAUGAUGUUCUUUGACUCCAUUUUAUAUUUUGUAGGUGGCUGGUAUUUCAGCAAUAUUAUUCCUGGAAAAUUUGGAUUAAAGAACCAGUGGUACUUUCCCUUUACUGUUUCCUAUUGGAAGAACCUGUGUGGUACAGAGAGAAGCAAGAGACAUUAUCUGAAUUCUAAUAUGUUUUUCUUCAAUGAAAACUUCCAAGAAAAAGGUUUGUACUAAUAGAAUUUGAACAAUGGUUUGGGAGAGGUAGAUCUCAGUACCAUUGGUGUUGUGCUGCUGUUUCUUACCAAAGAGCACGUGGAUGGUCAGAAGGCUGCUGUUAAAGAUCUCAACCUCACUUUCCAUAAGGGCCAGAUAACAGCACUCUUGGGACCUAAUGGAGCUGGAAAGUCAACAGUUAUAUCCUUGUUGACUGGUCUGUAUCCACCGAGCUCUGGUACCAUUAUUGUUGAUGGGAAGGAUAUAUGGACUGAGCUGGCUGCCAUCAGGACAGAGCUGGGUGUUUGCCUCCAGUAUGAUGUCCUAUUCAACACACUGACUGUGCGAGAACAUCUCCUGCUUUACGGGUCAGUGAAGGCACCUAGGUGGACAAAAGAACAGUUGAAUGAGCAAGUCAGUGGAUCUCUGGAAGAUGUGGGUUUAUCCCAACAUCAGUAUGAACCUGUUGGAGCCCUUUCUGGGGGAAUGAAAAGGAGGCUAUCAGUUGCCAUUUCCUUUAUUGGAAACUCAAAGACAGUUGUCCUGGAUGAGCCCACCACCGGAGUAGACCCAUGUUCUCGCCGUAGUAUCUGGGAUAUUCUUCUGAAGUACAAAGCCGGUUGCACACUCAUCUUUACCACUCACCAUCUUGAUGAGGCCGAGGUGCUCAGUGAUCACAUAGCCAUUCUGCAACAUGGUCAUCUGAGGUGCUGUGGCUCUCCCUCUUGUCUGAGGGAGACAUAUGGCCAGGGACACAGUCUAACAUUCAUAAAAAAUCCCUCUGUGUUUGAAAUCAAAGACGCUAAGCACACUGCUCAGGUCACAUCUCUGGUACAGAACUAUAUUCCAGAAGCCUUCUUGAAAGAGAACAGUGGGACUGAGCUGACCUAUGUGAUCCCAGAAAGGGCAGAUAAGACUGCUUUUAAAGGUCUUUUUCAAGCUUUAGAUCAAAGCCUGCAGCAUCUACAUGUGACUGGCUAUGGUAUUUCUGACACAACCUUGGAAGAGGUUUUUCUGAAGCUGCUUCAGGACUCUGAGAAGAUGGCCUGUGUUCCACAGGCAGCACACCUGGACCAUACAAAUGCUGCUGAAUCAGUCUGUAUUUCACUUGUGGGAGCCUCGAGUGUGCGUGGAGCCCACCUUGUUCUCACACAGAUUGUUGCCCUUCUGAUGAAGAGGUUUCACCAUACAAGGCGAGACUGGAGAGGAAGCCUAUCAAAUGUGCUGCUGCCCGUCCUCUUUGUUGCACUGGCAAUGGCCUUGUUUAGUGUGAAGCCGCUGGCUAUUGAUUAUCCCUCUCUCAAGCUGACACCAAGACUUUACAACAAUGCAGAAUCCUUCUUUAGAAAGAAUAAUUCAUGCUGGCAGAUGGAAUCACCUCAAGAUUCAUGCAGAUGUGUGUCUGAACAGGAGAUAUGCCCAAGUUUUAAUACCUCUGCUCCCUAUGUAAAGAAUACGAAAGGACAUAUUUUGUAUAAUCUUUCAGGGUUCCCUGUGGAAGAGUAUUUAGUGAGGUCUUCCAGCAAAACAAGAUAUGGUGGUUGGUCUUUUGGACGGAUGAAAGCAUUUGAACUUCUAGAUAAAAAAUUGAAUAACACCAAAUCUCAGCCUCUGGCUAGGGUGUGGUAUAACCAAAAAGGUUUCCAUUCACUGCCAUCCUACCUAAAUGAACUCAAUAACUUAAUUCUGUGGCUGAAUUUACCUUCUAAUGUGGAUUGGAGACAGUAUGGGAUAACACUCUAUAGCCAACCAUAUGGAGGAGUCUUGUUGGAUGAGGAUAAAAUAAUGGAGAAUGUUCAUCAAUGUGGGGUAGUACUGUGUAUCAUGCUGGGCUUCUCUAUCCUUACUGCAUCCAUUGGAACUGCCAUAGUCAAAGACAGAGUAUCUGGGAUGAAACGCUUGCAACUCAUCACAGGCCUUGGUUACAAAACUUACUGGCUUGCUAACUUCUGCUAUGAUAUGGUGUUUUACAUGGUUCCAGUGACCCUGUGUAUUGGUAUUAUUAGUGCCUUCCAGCUAUCAGCCCUCACUUUCCAAAAGAACUUGGCAGCCACUGUUCUCCUGCUGAUACUCUAUGGAUAUGCAACUUUACCUUGGAUGUAUCUUGCAUCCAGAUUCUUCUCAAGUUCAGAUGUAGCUUUUAUUUCUUACAUCUCCUUUAAUUUUGUGUUUGGCCUGUGUACCAUGCUGGUGACUCUCUUACCUCGCUUGUUAGCUAUAAUUUCCAAAGUGCAGAGUUUUCAAAGCAUCUACAAUAUCCUCAAAUGGGCAUUCAUAUUCCCACAAUUCUGCCUAGGCCAGGGUUUAAUAGAGCUUUCAUACAAUCAGAUCAAAUUUGACCUGACCAGGAACUUUGGAAUAGAUUCUUACGUGAGCCCCUUUGAGAUGGAUUUCCUGGGUUGGAUUUUUGUGGAAAUGUCCCUUCAGGGAACACUACUACUUCUUUUGCGCCUUUUCCUUCAUUGGGAUCUCCUCUGGAAAACAAGAGGUCAUUGCUCAGUUAACAGCAUGGAAAGAAAGGAGAGCCCUUCAGAAGAUGCUGAUGUAGAAACGGAACGACAGAGACUCUUCAGUGGAAGAACUGGUAAUGAUGUCCUACUUCUGUACAACCUCAGGAAGUGUUAUGGAGGUUUCAGUAAGAAGAACACAGCUGUGGAAAACAUAAGCUUGGGCAUUUCAAGGGGAGAGUGUUUUGGACUCCUGGGAACAAAUGGAGCUGGGAAAAGCACAACAUUUAAGAUGCUGACUGGAGAUAUAAUCCCAUCUGCAGGACGGGUGGUAAUCAGGACUCCUACUGGGUCUGAAAUUGAUAUACUCUCAGCUAGCUCUGAAAGUAUUAUUGGAUAUUGUCCACAGCAAGAUGCUCUGGAUGAACUUUUAACAGGCUGGGAGCAUCUUUAUUAUUACUGCGCACUGUGUGGAAUUCCAAAGCAGGAUAUCCCACAGGUUGCAGAGGACCUUGUUAACCGGUUACACCUCAAUGCCCAUGCUGACAAACUAGUGAGAACUUACAGUGCUGGCACAAAAAGGAAGCUCUCUACUGCUGUGGCUUUAGUUGGUAAACCCCAAAUACUUUUACUGGAUGAGCCCAGCUCUGGGAUGGAUCCCUGUUCUAAAUGCUACCUUUGGAAAGCUAUCCUGAAGGAAGUUCAGGAUGGUUGUGCAGUUGUGCUGACAUCCCACAGUAUGGAAGAAUGUGAAGCUCUCUGCACAAGGCUUGCUAUUAUGGUCAAUGGAGCUUUCAAGUGUCUUGGCUCUCCCCAGCACAUUAAAAACAGGUUUGGAGAUGGUUAUUCUGUCAAGGUUUGGCUUAGCAAAGAAAUAAGUUAUGGAAGAAUGAUUUUGGACGGUCUACAACUGCAUUUCCCUGGAACACAGUUUAAGGGACAACAUCUUAACCUGCUCGAAUACCAUGUACCAAGAAGUCAGGGAUGUUUAGCAGAGCUAUUCAGAGUCCUAGAGAAUCACAAAGCUUUUCUCCAAACCAAACACUACUCCAUUAGCCAAUCCACGUUAGAGCAGGUAUUCAUUAACUUUGCAACACAGCAACAAGGAGCCUGGCGUUCUUCACAAGGAUCUUCUGUUGUCCACCAUGAUCGUUUCCCAGUCUAG